AUGUCUCGCAUCUCGAAAUUCUUUCUACCUUGUACCCGCGGAAUCUACAACACGUUGUUGAAAUUUACUAUCAACGUCUUCAACCUCAUCUCAUCACUCAUUCUAUCACCAUCCCACGAGCACGACCCCAAACCACCAAAACCCGGAUCCCCUGAAACGGAGCAUCCGGUUCCGGCAUUCGGGUGGGCCGCCCGGGACACGUCUGGAGUUCUCUCUCCUUUCAUGUUCUCCAGGCGGGCAACCCGAGAGCGAGACGUGCAGUUCAAGGUAUUGUAUUGUGGGAUUUGCCACUCGGACCUCCACCAGGUCAAAAACGAGUUCGGUAUAGCCAUUUACCCGAUUGUGCCGGGCCACGAAAUAGUAGGAGUGGUUACGGAGGUCGGGUCCAGAGUCGAGAAAGUCAAGGUCGGGGACAAAGUCGGGGUUGGGUGCAUGGUCGGGUCGUGUAGGAAAUGCGACCAAUGCGCUGAUCAUCUUGAGAACUACUGUCCUAAAGCGAUCUUCACCUACUCCAGCGUGGACACGGACGGCACAGUAACCUACGGCGGCUACUCCAACAUCAUGGUGGCCGACGAGCACUUCAUCGUCCGCUGGCCGGAGGCCCUACCCCUCGACCGGGGAGCCCCGCUCCUGUGUGCGGGGACCACCACAUACAGCGCUCUCCGCUACUACGGCCUCGAUCGGCCGGGCCUCCACGUCGGCGUCGUCGGGCUCGGCGGGCUGGGCCACGUCGCCGUCAAAUUCGCCAAGGCCUUCGGGGCACGCGUCACGGCCAUCACCACCUCCCCAGCCAAGGGCGCCGACGCCGUCCGCACGAUGGGGGCCGACGACUUCAUCCUCUCCGGCGGGGAGGCUGCCGCCGCCGCCGCGGCGGGCACCAUGGACGGGAUCAUCGACACGGUCCCGGCGGCCCACGAGGUGGGCCCACUACUGGGGAUGCUGAAGGUAGGGGGGAGGCUGGUGGUGGUGGGGCUGCCGGAGAAGCCGCUGGAGGUGGCGGCGUUCGCGGUGGUGGCCGGGCGGAAGGCAGUGAGCGGGAGCAUGAUAGGUGGGAUGAGGGAGACGCAGGAGAUGAUCGAGUUUGCGGCCGAACACAAUAUAGUGCCUGAUGUUGAGAUGGUAUCCAUUGACUAUGUGAACAAGGCGAUGGAGAGGCUGGGCAAGGGUGACGUCAAGUACAGGUUCGUGAUUGAUGUGGGGAAGACGCUGAAAGCCGAUUAA